AUGGGCAACACCAACGAAAGAUACAGUUACAAUGCUAAACCUCUAAUCUUUUAUGAAGAAAAAUUUGAUUACUGGAAAGAUAGAAUUGAAAGUUUCUUUUUGGGUUAUAACGCUGAUCUAUGGGACAUAGUUACUAUUGGCUAUACACCUCCUGUAUCUGAUGCUGUUCAAAAAUUUAACCUCUCCAUCACAACCUUACCAGUUUCUGAAGUUGAAAUGCUUAACGAACCAAUCUCACCAAUCUCUUCAACACCUUUAUCUCCACCCUACUACAUCCUAUCAUCUGACUCAGAACCCUCUCACCCUCAAUCCCCCACACUGGCUCAGCUUCAGGCUUGUGCUCUUGCCUUACAACAACCUGAACCAGAAGCUAACACUCCUCCACCACCUGAACAACCAAUUCCACCACCACCUGAAGAACCACCAACUCCACCAUCUGAACAACCACCAACUCCACCACCUGAACAACCACCAACUUCACCACCUGAACAACAAACACCACCACCAUCUGAAUCUCCCAGCGUACCACCCUCUGAACAUAUUAUCAUCCCUACCUCUCAACCUCCCACUGACACUACCCAAACACCACCUACAUCUCCAUCCCCCAACCCUGAACCAGAACCUAUCUUUACCACCCUAGAAGAAGCAAUCUCUUUAUUUGAUGAGUCUUCAGUGGAGAAGAUCAGAUCUCUAUCUGAAAAUUCUGUCCGCAACGACUUUAUCAGAGACGCUAGAGAAAGGUUGCAGGCACGACUGAUCAGAGAGGCAGAAGAAAAGGCCAGAAGAGAAGCAGAAGAGAAAGUUCGUCUGGAAGAAGAGAAACAGGUUAGAGAAGCUGCAGAGAAGGAUGCUGUUGAAGCUGAAGCAAAGCAAAAGCCAACGCUGAAGAAGCAGCGCGCAUAA